AGAGGGGCUUGGAAAAGCUUCCCUCAAUCUGCUCAGCUGCUAACAGCCAUGAGUGACUGAGAACACUUGUUAAAUAUAGCCCAGGCAGACUCUGCUACACUCAAAGCUCUACACUCUCCUGCCCAGGAACAAAAGGGAAAAGGCAGGGUCCUGGCUACUGACAGGCUAUAUUCCACUUAUCUACCCUCCUCUCCAUCUAACUUUGGAUAUCUCCAUUUGAAGGAAAAACGGACUUUUCAUACAAAAGCAGCUCUGACCACCUCCUCUUGCUUGCUGGUCUCUCUCUCUCUCUCUCUUUUUCUUUCUCAUCCUCUCAGUUUGUGAAAGACUGCCGGCCCAAACUCCUGGAGAGGACAAAGCUUGGUGUUCAUCUUCAGACGCCUCUUGCAUUGCCUCUGUUGCCUUGACAGGAGAGAAGAGGAGAAACAAGUUAUUAAAAGAGAAAAGUAAGAGGUGAGAGUAUAGAUCAUCUACGUUUGAUAUGAUGUCUCUUUUUGACACACACAGUCAAGGUAACUGAAGAACACUGAGACAUUGAGGAGAGACGGUUUUUACUCUGGGACUUGAUUCUCAGUAACUGAGAUAUUCCUUUUUGACCUGUCGUCACCUGUGAUGUGGUACCAUUGAGAACAGGUGAGAAUGCGGUCCAGGUGCAGCACAGCCAUGGAGGGCUCAGACGACGGACAGAUAAACCAGGUCACCCAGCCCACCAAAGCCUUUCCCAAAGAAGAGGGGGAGAACACACCAGAGCUGGUGAAUAGGAAAAUGAAGGUCCAGCGAGAAGAGAAAGAGGGGAAGUCAGUGGUGUCUGGAACAGCGAAAAGGCCCCAGACAACCACAGAGAGCAGCAGAGGACAAAAGAAGGCAGCAGGGCUGACAGACCUCUCCAAGGAGGACCUUCUCCGUCUGCUGGGAGUCAUGGAAGGAGAGGUGCAGGCCAGAGAGGAUAUCAUCCACAUGCUGAAGUCAGAGCGUCCGCGACCCGAAGCCCUGGAGGCCCAUUACGGCUCAGCUGCCCCCAUCAAACCCCUCCAGGCCCUGCAGAGAGACAGCCUUCUGACCAACAACACUACAACGCUAGGGGACAACGUCUAUGAGAUGCCCAUGCAAGAGUUGGACCGGCUGGAGGAAAAGCAUCGCGAGACGUACAGGCGUAUGCUGGAGCAGCUGCUGCUGGCCGAGAAGUGUCACCGCCGCACGGUUAAUGAGCUGGAUAGCGAGAAACGCAAACACACAGACUUCAUGAACAAGAGUGAUGACUUCACCAACCUGCUGGAGCAGGAAAGGGAGAGAUUAAAGAGGCUGCUGGAGCAGGAGAAGGCGUACCAGGCUCGUAAAGACAAGGAUCACAGCAGGAGGCUAGAAAAGGUCCGUGAGGAGCUGGUCAAACUCAAGUCCUUUGCUCUGAUGCUGGUGGAUGAGCGGCAGCUUCACAUUGAGCAGAUCGACCAGCAGAGCCAGAAGGUCCAGGACCUCAGCUGCAAGCUCCAGGAGAGAGAACAGCGUCUGGCCGCUGUACACGGCACCGCCAAAGAGGACGCCCAGAAGGUCCUUAGGUUAGAGGCGGAGCUGGAGUGCAAAGCUGCCAAGUUCACCCAGGAGCAUGAGGAGAUGACUGCCAAGCUGGCCAACCAGGAGUCCCAGGGCCGUCAGCUCCGCCUGAAGCUGGCAGGCCUGGCCCACAGGAUCGAGGAGCUGGAGGAGAACAACAAGGCACUACAGAAGUCAGAGGAGGACCUCCUGGAGCUAAGGGACAAGAUCAGCAAGGGGGAGUGUGGGAACUCCAGCCUCAUGGCAGAGCUGGAGACCCUGCGCAAGAGAGUCCUGGAGAUGGAGGGCAAGGAUGAGGAGAUCACCAAGACGGAGAGCCAGGCCAGAGAGUUGAGGAAAAGGCUGCAGGACGAGGAGACCACCGGCCGGGAGCUGAGGCUGGAGGUGGAGAAACUGCAGAAGAGAAUGGUGGAUCUGGAGAAACUGGAGAGGGCUUUCAACACGAGCAAAUCAGAGUGUGCAACACUUCAUAUUAACAUAGAAAGAGAGAAAGGACUGGCAAAGGACUUGGCUGGUGAGCUGGACACAGUGAAAACCCGUGUGAAAGAACUGGAGAACUCUGAGUCGAGACUUGAGAAGGCAGAGAUGGGCCUAAAGGAUGACCUGAUGAAGCUGAAGUCAUUUACAGUGAUACUAGUGGAUGAGAGAAGGAACAUGACUGAGAGAAUAAAACAGGAGGAGCUAAAGAGCGAUGAUUUAAAUAAAAUGUUCAAAACUGAGCAGAGUAAAGUUAUGGAGGUCACCGAAAAGUUGAUUGAGGAGAGCAAAAAGCUCCUCAGACUGAAAUCAGAAAUGGAGGUAAAAGUGACGUCUCUUACUAAAGAGAAAGAUGAACUGAAAAGUAAACUAGCAAGUGAAGAGGAAAAGUGCAGGGAUCUUAGCUUCAAGGUCGGCGUAAUGAAAAAAAGAAUGGACGGGCUAGAGGAGGCAGAAAAAGUAUUGUUAAAAAUCAAAGCCAAUAAGGACAGCAAGAGACCCCCAGACGAGGAAAACAAAUUCAUGGAGCUAACGCAGGAAAUUGAAAGGCUAAAAAACCGCCUCAAACAGCUAGAGGUGGUGGAAGGUGACCUGAUGAAGACAGAGGACGAGUACGACUUACUGGAGAAGAAGUUUCGAAUGGAGCAGGACAGGGCCAAUGCCCUCUCUCAGCUGCUGGAGGAAAUGAAGAGUCAGACUGCCAGGAACAAAGCCAUAGAGAAGGGAGAGGCGGUGAGCCAGGAGGCUGAGCUCAGGAUGCGCUGCAAGAUGGAGGAGGCAAGGACCAGAGACCUGCAGGCAGAAGUCCAGGCCCUCAAAGAGAAGAUCCACGAGCUGAUGAACAAGGAGGACCAGCUCUCCCAGCUGCAAGUGGACUACUCCCUCCUCCAGCAGAGAUUCCUAGAGGAGGAGGACAAGAAGAAGAGCUUGAGCCAGGAAGUGAUCAACCUCACCAAAGAGCUGGAGGUCACCAAGCGCUACAGCCGCGCCUUGCGUCCCAGUAUGAAUGGAAGGAGGAUAGUAGACGUCCCUGUCACCUCCACCGCAGUCCAGACAGACGUGGUGGUCAGUGAACCUGCCGAGGAGGACACGCCUGCAGUGUUCAUCAGGAAAUCUGUCCUGGAGGAGAACCAUAUCAUGAGCAACCUGAGGCAGAGGGGUCUGAAGAAGCCUGUAACUGUGCUGGAGCGCUACCCCCAAGCAACCACCGAGCUGGGCAUGAGAAAAUCAUGGAUCCCCUGGAUGAAGAAGAAGGAUGCAGUGACGAUCACUCAGACCACCCCAGAGAAGACCCCAACCCCUCAGGACAACGGGAACUCCUCCCCUCGUCCACCAGAGCUGUCCAUGUCCCAAAAGCCAGGCCAGCCGUUGCACAUUCGAGUAACCCCCGAUCACGAGAACAGCACUGCCACUUUGGAGAUCACCGGCCCUCGUGCUGAGGACUUCUUCUCCAGCGCCACCAUCAUCCCCACACUGGGCCUGCAGAGGCCUCGCAUCACCAUUGUUCCCAAGCCCACCACCGUGUCCUCAAAGAGCAAGCCGGGUGAGGGAGUGAUGGGGGGGCCUGAGCGGUGCAAGUCUCCAGUCACCAUCACCACCAUCUCCAGGGCCAAGUCCCCAGAUAGGAGUAAGGGCUCCUCCUACUCAGAUUCGAACAGACCCCUCUCCCCCGUCUCCAUCAUCACAGUGAGCACCACUCCUGUGACGGAGGCCUUUGCCUCCGCAUCCCCAGAGCCCCAUGACAUGAGCACCAUGGGCCGGGCUGUGUUCAAAGUGACCCCAGAGAAGCAGACAUUGCCUAUGCCCGUCAGAAAAUACAACUCCAACGCCAGCAUAAUCACCACCACGGAGGACAACAAGAUCCACAUCCACCUGGGACCUCAGUUCAAGAGGCCAUCAGACGUCAGCAGUAGCAGCCCCACAGUGACGGUCAGGCCCCUUAGUGUGAGCACAGAGAGCAAGGAGGCACCCCCAGGUACGGUGCUGCGCUCCCCGCGUCACCCCAGCAACAUCACCACCGCUCCUGGGAAGCCCACCCCCAACAAAUUGACCAGCAGCAUCACCAUCACCCCCAUCACCUUGGCACCGUCCAGGCCAACUCAGUCUGUGUUGCUUCUGAAAUGUUUCAAAAUGAUAUCAGGUGGUGUCUGCUCCCUAGAUAGCACUCUUUCCAGCCCGGGGCGGAUGUGCAGUCAACUCGUGCCGCAGCCACACGAAUCCCUAUGUCAAAAGGAAAUAUUGUGCACCAUGUGAUAGUUGAGCCCAGAUGAUGAGACUGUAAUGUGGAACUCCUUCCUUCACCUAUGACAAGUGCCCUGCAUCCCUACUCUACUCUUACAGUGUGCCACCGCAACCAUAGGGUCAAGCCAACAGACGACAACCAUCGGAAAACAGUCAGAACUCCGCAUGCAGACUGUCAUGGAGAUGAUUUCUAACCUCAGGAUACCUAACAAGGCUCUCUUCUCAAUUCUGUGGGCUUUCUAAUAGUAUUACCUCUGGAUUCUGGCUUACAUCACUAUGCGAAAUAGCCACAUGGAGUUGUAUAAAAGGGGUAUGCAACGUGGGGUAUGUACUCUACAGUAGCUCUGGUUCAGGCUGUUACGUGCGGCUUGAGCGUUCUUCAAUGGAAGGCUUGAAGACUCAAGCCGCACGUGACACCCUUGACCCGAGCUAACGCUGCAGCGGUUUGUGUGAGAGGACAGAUACAUACCGUACCAGUCAAAAGUUUGGAAACACCUACUCGUUCAAGGGUUUUUCUUUAUUUAAAAAAAAAAAAAGUUCUACAUUGUAGAAUAAUAGUGAAGACAUCAAAAGUGUUACACAACUGUUACGCUCUCCCUGCCUGCUCCUGUGUUUGUGCUUUUACUUGCAGAUUGGGGACAGGUGGAGCUGAUUGGGUCGUUAAGGUGACAAGUUGCACCUGGGUUUGGAAUCAACUAGGAGAUAAAAGUUCCUGGUGCCCAGUCCUGGCUCUCUCGCUCCGCAAACACCAUUUUGUUUUGUGAUCUGCUUGAUUAUCUUUUUUUGAUUAGGUGCACCCUUCAACACAUUUUACCUUCAUCCAUGCAUCUUCAUUACACACCUCACAUGCCUACUUUCAUACUUCACAGGUUAGUUUGGUGGAGAGAAGACCACGAAGUCUCUUUUUCCUGUAUUGUCUAGAGACACUUUGUUCUGUUCCUUGAUGGGUCAUCGGAUUAUGGAGGGGAGUUGUCUUUGCAAUGUAUGACUGAGAAGUUGAGGCAGACAACUUAUUGUCCAGAGUUAUGGUCUUUCCCCCUGUUAGGUAUAGCGGAGUGUUCCCAUUGGGAGCAAGUUGUGUCGUUUGUUAUUUUUGUGUGGUGACAGCGGUCAAAGCAGUUGUCUCUGGAGCACAUCUGUGGUUUGGGGUUGGUUACUAGCAAGCUGGUUCCUCCUUCGUGCCAGCAGGCUCUAGUGCAUCAAUACCUGCCGCAAAGCCACCGACGACUAGGGUUAAGUUUAACAAUAGGAUUUGGGGAAACUCAAGUAAUACUCAUCUGUUUUUGCACUGAUCUGUUCAUUUGGUAGUAGCAUUAUGGCUUCUACUGAGGAUUUUGUCCGUGUUCCUUCUGAAGAGAUGCUUAUGCAGUUUACCAAGGAACAGUUUUUGGAGUGAGUAUUAUCAUGUUGAGAUUAGUGACAAAUGUCUCAAGGAUCCAGUGAGGUCUAUUUUGUCAGCUAAUUUGCUUUCAGCUGGUAUUUUGAAGGCAGAAUUGAGUGAACCUAGUCCAGCUGUAUUGGCUGUACCAAUUGUGUCUAGUGCUGGUUUGAGCAGAAAAAGGAGUUACUUUUAAUGCAGCGAAAUCAUGACAGAUUUAAACAUCAAAAGUAACUUUAUUUGAAAGGUUGAAGCAGGAUACAGAGCAAGCUAAACUGCGGUUGCAACAUCAGCGAGAAUGAUGCUACAGUGUAUUUUGACCGGUAGGGGUCACUCAUCUCUUAGCGCUACAGAUGGCGACAAUUACGUAAAGGUUAAAACUGCUGUCCUGCAUACUUAAGUUGGUCCCUGACGCGUAUCGACAGCAUUUCAGAACGUUGAAGAAAGGUGAGAAACAGUCCCAUCUUGAGUUUUCACAGGAUUUAACUCAAUUCAAUCUUUGGUGUACUGCGUCAGCAGUCACUCGUUUUGAAGCUUUGUACAACCUGGUUGUCCUCGAACAAUUUAAUCUGUCCCUGAUCGUCUUGCUACCUAUAUAAAUGAGCAUAAAGUGCGGACUGCAUCUGAAGCUGCUGUUCUGGCAGAUGCGUACGUACUGACCCCCAAAGGCAGUUUGAGGGUCCAGUUAUGUGAUCUUCGGGGCAGAGGAACCAUUCAAGUGGAUUUCAGUCAGCAAAUUCCUUUGGUUCUGGUAAUGAAGCAUUUCCAUCUAGAUCUGAACAUGUUUCAUGUGGACAGAAUGAUGUAAGUAAAAUCUGUAUUAUGGCAAAGGCCACUGGAAGAGCUAAUGUCCUGUCCUUGGUAAAAAGGUCAGCAGAUUGGCCAGCACAAAUGUAAAACCUGUUCGUUAGCUGGGCCUGUUCAUGCUAAUCCUGUUGCUCAAGAAUUGUCCGAACCUUUUAGUAUUUAUUAUUCACCGUUUGUCAGAGGGUUGUGUUUCACUAUUGGGAUGUGCCAGUAGAGUUUCUGCGAGACACUGGUGCCUCUGAAUUGUUUGUUUUGGAGUCUGUUCUGCCUUUUUGUCUGGAGACAGAUACAGGAACCAGUGUCCUGAUUCAAGGGAUAGAUUUGAAUACAUUGUCUGUACCCUUGCACAAAUGUCAAACUUAUAUCUGACCUAAUGCAAGGUGAUGUUUCCCUUGGGGUGGGUCCCUUUCUGCCCGUUGACUGUGUUCAUGUGAUUUUGGAUAUCAACUUAGCCGGUAGUCGUGUCUGGUGUGAUGCAUCUCCUCUGGUGGUUUCUCAUAACCCAUCCCAUGUAGGGAUUAUCGCUUAAAACCUACAGAGAUUCCCGGAGUUAUUCUCUACAUGCGCUGUGACUCGUGCUAUGAGCUGUGCUGACACUAGGGUCAAAACGGAACUUACACAACACAUAGCUGAACAGUUUGAUAAUCAAUUAAGGAGUGCUGCCCAGGGUUACUACAUUCAAGAUCAGUUGUUGGUGAGGAAAUGGACACCUCACAGCAGAAGUUGUGGGUGACGCUAUUGUUCAGAUCGUGGUUCCUUCUAAGCUUCGAGAUCAAGUUUUGAAAACAUGAUGUUUCUGGUCCCUUAGGGGUUAGUAAAAACGUAUGAUAAAAAUUGUCAUUUUUCUUGGCCUGUAAUCGGAAAUGUCUUUCUUUAAACAUCUAAACAUGCCAUGUUUGUCAGCUGACUGGGAAGCCUAAUCAGAUUUGAAGGCCAGUCCCGCUACAUACAACCUAUUCCUGUUACAGGCCAACCAUUUGCGCAUUUGAUUAUUGAUGGUGUUGGACCCUUACCCUGUCCUAAAGCUGGUAGCACCUACAUGUUAACUGAUUUGUCAGGCUACGAGAUAUCCUCCAGCCUAUCCACUUCGGAACAUAACCACUAAGUCUGUUGUGAAGGCUUUGUCACAGUUCAUCUCAAUUUUUGGAAUACCUAAGUUGAUUCAGAGUGAUCAGGGUUCCAACUUCACUUCGCACAUAUUUGCACAAGUCUUGCAACAAAUGCAUAUAAAACAUAAUCAGGCCAGUGCUUUUCAUGCGUGGAGUCAAGGGGCCCUUGAGCGUUUCAGACUUUGAAGUCCCUGUCACGUGCGUACUGAAUUAGAAUGUGACUGGGAUGAGGGGUUACCCUGGUUGCUACUCACUGUUAGAAGUAUCACAAGCGUGCACGGGGUUCAGUCCUAAUGACCUUGUUUUUGGUCAUACUGUGCGUGGUCCCCUUGCUGUAUUAAAGGAGGAUUGGAAGGUGGUUGAACGUCCCCCAAAUUUGUCAUGUUUGUGGUUUCCGACACAGGUUGUACAUAGCUUGUGAAAUAGCUAAAGAAAAACUAGCAUCCUCUCAGGUGAGGAUAAAAAGGUUGUUUGACCGGUGAGUUGCGCCGUGACAAUUUAGUCCAGGGGAUCAAGUUCUGGCCCUGCUGCCCGUUGUCGGUUCUCCUUUUCAGGCUAAAUUCAGCUGCCCAUACACAGUUCAGAUCGGACAAUUGCCGAACCACAAUCUGAUUGCUACCCCUGAGCGCAGAAAGGCGAAUCCGCUCUGCCGUGUCAAUUUGUUAAAGCCCUAUUAUGCUUGUUUGUCUUCUGAAUUGGCUAAAUCAGAACAAUGUGCUAAAACUGACGUGGUUAGUCCUGUUCUUUUGUUUGAAUCUGUUUAUCUGAGGUGAGCCACUCCACCUUCACAUACACUGGCAGUGUGAGGAAGAGGGGGUGCUGGGCCCUGAUGGUAUUUUACAGGGUAGGUUGAUGAAGUCAGAGUUCCUUUGCAAACGUGUUGGGUCACCUUUCUUAUUGUGAAGCAGAGUUAACUGAUUUGAUCACUCACUUUCAGUCUUUGUUUGCUGACACACCUUCUUGUACACAUUUAGCAGUGCACAAUAUUGAUGUUGGGGAUGCUGUCCCUAUUAAACAAUGUUUGUAUCGUGUCAUUGGAGAAGCUAUGCCACUUGGACUCAGAUUAAGUACAUGCUAGUUAAUAAUAUCGCUGUACCAUCAUUCUCCAGUUGGGCCUCCCAUGUCUCUUGGUGAGCAAGCCAGAUGGUUCUAAGAUUUUGCAAUGACUACCGGAAGGUUAAGUGUGACACAACCUGACUGUUACCCACUCCCACGGAUUGCUGUCAUGGGCAUCCGGUGGGCCUCUAUAUGGUUUGUAUAGUAUUUGUCAACCUUUUAUUAGUUUUUGAUCAGUUGUAUUUGUGGUUUUGUUUUUGGGUUGUUAGUGCUCAAUUUUUAUGGGAGGGGGUGUUACGCCCCCCUUGCUCUCCCUGCCUCCUGUGUUUGUGCUUUUAUUUGCUGAUUGGGUCAUUAAGGUGACAAGUUGCACCUGGGUUUGGGAUCAAUGAGGAGUUGAAAGUUCCUGGUGCCCAGUCCUGGCUCUCUCAAGCACCAUUUUGUUUUGAUCUGAUUAUGUUUUUUGAUUAGGUGCACCCUUAAACACUUACACACAUUUUACCUUCAUCCAUGCAUCUUCAUUACACCCCUCACAUGCCUACUUUCAUACUUCACAGGUUAGUUUUCCUUUUGUAGUUUUAUACUUAGUUAAUUAUUUAAUAAAUAUUUGUUACUCCUUAA